AUGGCUCUGGACAAGACUCCAAGUUCCAGCGGUCGCCCGGGAGCGGGCUACACUGAUUGGCGGGCUGCAAACCGCAGUCCCGACAGCACCCUCAGCGACGAUGACUAUGUGUACAACGAGAAGGAUGCAUUCAAGCACCACCACUCGCACCCGUCGCCGCGAGGCCACAGCCACGACUCCGUCAUCUCGCAUCCCUUCUCGCCACAGGCAUCGUCGUUGCCAAGCCCCAACAGCAGCGUGUCCUCGGGGCGACGCCAGCACCACCGCCUGCAAGACAUCCAGCUUGAACAUCCCGUAAAUAUAUUACCGCCGCCACGAGCGCAUUUUGAUCCCGAAAAAGUCAAUGGCUCUCCCCAGAGCCAAAGGGCCCCCACGCAUGUUUCAGCAUCGAAUCCCGACGUUACAGCCAUCUUGUACGAUGGAAACGACAAAGGCCCUGAGGACAAGGCUGUACAGCUGCUGCUCUACCUCUCUGGCCCCUGCACGCUAUUCUCCUUCCUCAUAACCCUAUGGACGCUUCUCUCCCUCUUCAUUGUGCUGCUCCUGUGCCCCCUCCGGCUCUUCUCGUCCUCCCGCCCCACCCUCGGCGCCCGAAUCACCACUUUCCUCGCCCCUCCACUCAACCUCCAACUCAACCUCAUAUACUCCUACUCCUCCGCCAUUUCCUACAGCCCACCGCUCCUUGUCAUCAUCCACCUCUUCUCCCCCAUCGUUGCCAUGGGUGUUGCCGUCGCGGCGUGGACAGCCGCUUUCUUUUGGUUCUUUUCGGCGAUCUUGGGAGACCCUGCGGGCCAGGACGGACAUAAUGACGGAAAGGAUAGUAUACUAGGCGUGAGAAAUUGGUGGGAUAGAUGGUUGUCCCGGGCAUUGAGGUAGCAGUGCGCGGGUCAGGGCGUGAAAGAUAGGGAGUAAUUGUAGACUUCUUCUGCUGAGUGGUGUGGAGUAAUGAUUGUUACGAUAUCAUUUUCCGGGGCUUUUUCUGCGUGGGUUUGGCAGCGGCAUUCUAUGGCGUUUUUACCUACAUUGGAUUGGGUUGGAUUGGGUUUGUAAAAGGGAGGGAUGCUUGGAGGGAGGAUGCGUUGGCAAAUCUAGCUGCUGGCUUUCUUCAAAGGAUUCCGGAAUUAUCGGGAUCUAUGGCGUUUUCCUUUCUUUUGGCUUCUGUGCAAGAAGGGCUCUUCUUGUCCAUGUACGGAGUAUGAGGAGCAUUUGAAUUUCUGGAUGGGAUGGAUGAAUGGCGGACUGGAUUGGAUUGGAUUGGACUGUGGGGGACUAC